AUGGAGAGUCUACAGAAGUUCACAUCAGCUCCGGACAUGAACGAGCUGCACCGCGUUGCGGCAUCGUUUGAGCAAAAGAUCUUCUCAACGGCCACCAAUCAGGACGACUACCUGUGGCGCAUAUCCCAGAAGAUGCUGUACAUCAAGAGCAAGGGCCACAUGCUGCAGGCUCAGGCGGGUGCAGGCACGAGCUCGCAGGCGUCUGCAGGGUCUGUUGCCACUGGCGGGAUGACCGCUGAUGCAUCCAACAUGAGCUAUCCCCCGCAGCAGCAACAGCCAGGUCAACCGGGUCAACCCAGUCAACCAGGUCAACUGGGUCAGCCGCAACAGGCAAUGCGACCAGGAGGGCCGAUGAUGGGGCAGCAGCAGCAGCAGCCCGGCGCCAUGGCUCCUAGCAGCUCCCUUACAGGCCCAGGCGGGAUGGGUGCACCCGUGCAGGCAGGCACCGGCAUGGGGGGACCGGGGGGGCUGCAAGGCAUCAAGGCGAGCUACCUCAAGGACAUGAAGGAGAUUCACAGCUUCCUUGUUAUGAAGAGCCAACAGCUGCAGAAGAUGGUACCGGAGCAGCAGGAGCGACUGAAACACUACAAGGACAUCUUAUAUCGAAUCAUUCCAUAUCUGAAGCAAACCCCUCCUCUGCAGCAGCAGCAGCAGCAGCAGCAGCUGCCGCAAUACAAACCAGGGUCACCACCCCCACUCGUAGCAGGAGCAGCAGGAACAGCAGGAGCAGCAGGCGCAGCAGGGGCAGCAGGCACAGCAGGCGCAGGAGCAAAGGCAGAAGGGGUAGCAGAGGAACCAUCCUCUCUAUCGGCCAGCACCGCACCGUACCAAGCAGCAUCGGCCGUCAUCGCCCCAUCCUCCGGUCUCUACGAGCCUGACACCAGCAAGACGUCGGCAGCAGCGGGGCAAGCAGGGGAGGGCGAGACUGGGGAAGGUGGUGCGGAGGGGGCGAUUGAGGUGAAAGCGGAGGCUGGGGAGGGGGGUGAAACGGCGGUGGAGGAGAGGGAGGAGGAAGAGCCUAUGGCGAGACUUUGUCGAGUGAUGGACGCCUCAUUGGCCAACGACCGGCGGGAUCUGCUCCUAGCAGCCGCCCACAUGCAAGCCGUGCUCGCAUGCUCCGACCGCCUUGCCACGUCAGCACCCCUCGCCGGCUCGCGAGGCGCGCUUGGCGAGGACCUAUCAGCAACCGCCAGCUCACGCCUGCUCGCUGACUGGAUGGCCCUCAACUCCCUCACCUUCCCGGCAACUUCCUCCUCUUGGGCCCACGAGCCUAGGGAUCUCCCUGUGAUAUCAGCUGGUGCUGACGCUGCCCUUGCUGCUGCUGCUCCUGCUGCUGCUGCUGCCGGUGCUGCCAGUGCUGGUGGUGCUGAUGCUGCUGCUGGCAGUGUGGGGUGGAGCAGCAGGAGGGUGGUAUCGGUGACAGCGAGUGUGGUAGACCAUGAGGGCACCCUCACCAGCAGCGCUGUGCAUGCUGGGGCAGGGGGGGACGCAAGACAGGCUUUAAGCGCUGGUGGUGGCUACGGGGAGGGCGAGGAGCUGAGUGGUGGCGAUAUGGGGGAUGGGGAGGUGAAGGAAGAGAGGAACUGGGGGUCGUAUGAGGAAGACGAGGAGGAGGACGAGGAGGAAGAGGAUGAGGAGGAGGAAGAGUGGGAGGAGGAGUGGGAGGAGGAGGAGGGGGGUGGAAGGGUGGGGGAUGGGCCAUGGCUGGUGUCGCGAUCGCAGGCUGCAGCGGCGCUGUUCCCUCCGAGGAAGCGAGUGAGGCGAGAGCUCAACGCCGCGCUCACAUGGGAGGCGCAGCGGCUGAACGAGGAGAUGAUAGACUCGAGUGUGGAGGUCAGCGCGAGGGAGACGAGGAGAGCGCACGCCCUGGGCAAGGAUGGCACUGCAGUGCUGCUGCGGUUUGACAUCCCCUCGGUGGCCAUUCCCUUCCCUCCCCUCCGCCUGCUCGUCCCCGGCUCCUACCCGCACUGCUCGCCCCAACCAUGGCCCUUCCAAGCCCACCCACACACCAGAUCACCGGUGGUUCAAGACGCCAUGGAUCGCUUUACCAUAGCCAUGCGGGCUGCUAAGGGCCCUCUCACGCUGACAGCCAUGGCUAGGGCCUGGGACGAGCAUGCGCGGGCGGCAGUCAUGCAUGUGCUGGCGGCGUCUGCUCCCCCCAAUGCCUGCUGGCAUGCCGUGCCCAAGGCGCAAAACGAGCCUCCAGUAGACAUGAAGAAGAUUGCACUGGAUCCGGAAGCGCUUUCCCAGUAUUGGGGAAUCAAGCCCAAGCAGUACCUGCGUGAGGAUGGCACGCCCUGGCCCUGGAAUUCCUUCCGGCCCACGGACAGCUACACCGCUAACCGAAAGACAGAACUUGACAGGCACUUUCCGGUUACCGGAUUCGGUGACGCUUUCGCCAAGUACCUCGUGAAGUCGCUCCGCUUCCCCACAGACCUGUUCUUCCAGAAACGGUACGGUUGCCGCGCGAUGAUGCUGGAGACCGUGGCGGCGGUGCCGGGGAUGGUGGCGGGCGUGCUGCUGCACAUGCGCUGCCUGCGCCUCGUGGAGAACAGCGGCGGGUGGAUCCGCGCGCUGCUGGAGGAGGCGGAGAACGAGCGCAUGCACCUCAUGACCUUCAUGCAGGUUUCGAAGCCCACGUGGUUUGAGCGCGGCUUGAUAUUCACCGUUCAGAGUGGGUUCGCUGCAGUGUACGGGCUCGUGUAUCUCCUCUCCCCGCGCAUCGCGCACCGCAUCGUGGGGUACCUGGAAGAGGAGGCAGUGCACUCGUACACGCAGUACCUCAAGGAGAUCGAUGAGGGGCGCAUCGCCAAUGUGCCGGCGCCGCAGAUUGCCAUCGACUACUGGCAGCUGCCUAAAGAUGCGACGCUGUAUGACGUGGUGCUGUCGGUGCGGGCGGAUGAGGCACACCACCGAGACGUGAACCAUUAUGCUGCGCUGCCCAAGGAUGUGACGCUGUAUGACGUGGUGCUGUCCGUGCGGGCGGAUGAGGCACACCACCGUGACGUGAAUCACUAUGCGGCGGUGAGUCAGGCAGUGCGAUUACCUGGUUACCACAUGGGCAUGUGGGGAGUGAGUGAGUUGGGAGUGCAAUUACCUGGUUACCACAUGGGCGUGUGGAAUGUGGGGGGUGGGAUUGCCAUGGACUACUGGCAGCCGCCUCAAGAUGCGACGCUGUAUGAUGUGGUGCUGUCUGUGCGAGUGGAUGAGGCUCACCAUCGGGACGUGAACCACUACGCUGCGCUGCCUCAAGAUGCAACGCUGUACGAUGUGGUGCUGUCCGUGCGGGCGGACGAGGCACACCACCGGGACGUGACCCACUAUGCCUGCGGUGAGUUGGAAGGGAAUGCGGUUACCUGGUAA